AUGCAUCCAGAUAAGCUACUUUAUAACUGCACUAAUGCACUAAUAGCUCUUUUUGCCAUGCAUCCAGAUAAGGCACCAGGGCCAGAUGGGAUGACUGCACUUUUUUAUCAAAAGUUUUGGGAUAUAGUCAAGGAGGAUUUAACUCUUAUGGUUAAUAAAUUCCUUUUUGAUGGGACUGUGACUAAUGGAUUGAAUGAUACAAAUAUAUGUCUUAUCCCAAAGACACCUAAGCCAAAUGAUAUGGCUCAAUUCAGACCCAUAAGCCUAUGUAAUGUCAGCUACAAGAUCAUCUCUAAAGUCUUAUGCCAGAGACUAAAGAAAGUCUUGCCAGGAUUGAUAUCAGAAACCCAGUCAGCCUUUGUUGCGGGAAGACAGAUCUCAGAUAAUAUCAUGAUUGCUCAAGAGAUGUUUCAUGCCCUGCGAACUAAACCGAGUGGACGUAAUAAGAGGAUGGCCAUCAAGACAGACAUGAGUAAAGCAUAUGAUAGGAUGGAAUGGUCAUUUAUUGAAGCUGUGAUGCGAAAGAUGGGAUUCUCGGAAACAUGGAUUACAUGGAUCAUGAGGUGCAUUACGUCGGUGAAAUAUAAAGUUCUUAUGAAUGGGCAGCCAAGAGGACAUAUUGUUCCAGCUACUAGGCUAGAGAUCAAAGAUGUACUUGGAAUACAUAAUGAUGGUGGGAUGGGAAAGUACUUGGGAAUCCCAGAGGAUAUUAGUGGCUCCAAAUGUAAACUCUUUGCAUUUUUAAAGGACAAUCUUAUGCACAGAGUUAAUGGAUGGACAGGUAGAUGGCUCUCAAAAGGGGGGAAGGAGGUAAUGAUCAAAUCCAUCUUACUCGCUCUUCCGACAUACGUUAUGUCGACAUUUCUGCUCCCAUUGGAGAUUUGUGAGAACCUUGCUAGUGCCAUUGCACAAUUUUGGUGGAGCUCGAAUCCACCAAAGAGAGGAAUACACUGGGCGAAAUGGGAAAAAGUCUGUCUACCAAAAGAAGAGGGCGGGAUUGGUUUCCGUUUGAUCCAUGAAUUUAAUCUAGCACUAUUGGCAAAGCAACUUUGGAGAUUGACUCAGUACCCUGAUUCACUGGUUGCCCGAGUUUUGAGAGGCAGGUACUAUAGGAUGACCUCGCCAUUACGAGAAGUCUCUGCAAGUAACCCAUCAUAUGUGUGGACAAGCAUUUAUGCUGCAAGAAAGCUUUUGCUUCUCGGGAUCAGACAGAAGAUUCAUUCUGGUUAUGAGAUCAAGGUGUGGGAGGACCAAUGGAUCCCAACGAUACCUGCUAGACCAGCUACACCUGUAGCACCUGUAAUGCAUCCGAAUAUGAGAGUUAGUGACCUCAUUAACCAAGAAUUGAAGGAAUGGGAUGUAGGGCUACUAGAGAAUUAUGUCCACCCCGAUGACAUACCACUCAUUCGUAGUAUGGCUAUAAGUUCUGCCCAUCGCCGUGAUACCUUCUGCUGGAACUACACGAAGAAUGGCCAAUACACUGUUAAAUCUGGAUACUGGGUUGCUCAAAACCUGAUGAAGCCAGAAGAGGACAAGAAAAUACUGGAACCAAGUAUUACUAAACUCCAAGCCUUUGCUUGGACGUUGAAAGCACCAAGAAAGAUGUGUCAUCUUAUAUGGCAAUUGAUAACGGGUCAGGUGGCAGUGACGAGGAAUCUCGCAAGGCGGAAUAUGAGGUGCGAUAAUUAUUGCCCAAGGUGUGGAGAACUAGAGGAAUCUGUAACACAUGCAAUAUUUGAAUGCCCUCCGGCUCUCCAAGUGUGGUCCUUAUCAGCAACUCCUACGAGCACAGGUAUAUUCCCAGUGGCCAGCGUCUACACAAACAUGGACUAUCUAUUCUGGAGGAAGAAUGAAAUCUUAGCGCCAGACCAAGACAGGGAUCCUUAUCCCUGCUUUGCAUUCGGAGGUAGAAGCACUGCGAUGGGCGAUGGAGAAUAUGCUUCAACACUCGCCAUGCCAGAGCUUUGGAACAGACUGCAAGGAGCUGAUUUCAAUGAUAAAAGAACCCCAUGA